ACAUACUCCCCGGACACACAGUCUAACAGUCGCAUCGUUCGGAUCUAAAUUAGGAACGGCCUCGACAUGCGCAGGCGCAGUCCCACACGCAAAUCAAAACGUAGUCGUAGCUCUUAUUUACAUCACCCGGAUUAUAUCCGUGAAAUCCAGUUUUAAAAUGUUGAAGUGAAGUGCUCAAAAUGAAGUUUACUAUUGACAUACUCGGAGUGUUUUUGAAAAUUGUAAUAAGGAUAAACAAGUCCCAAUUUGCACCGCUGGUGGUGUCAACAUUGUUCAUCCUACUGACGUCACUGCUGGCCCACUGCGCGAGAAGACUGGUGCAGAACUUAGUCAAGGAACCAUUUGUACGACUGCUGUUUGAAGAGGCAAUCGCUGCGGCCGAGCUAUGUGGAUGCUGCUUUGAACUGAUCGUUGUGGCCGACAACUUUGGUGUCGCGACAUAUGCCGUAUUUCUGUUUGCGCUGACGGUGUGGUGGUCUCUCAACUGGGGAGAUGCUACAGCAUGUCCUUACACACAUCUAGAAGAUAUCAUUGAAGGUAAAGGUGAUAUCCGGCAAGCUCUACUUAAAGUAUGGGCGGAGUUAGCAGGAGGAAUGCUUGUGUUCAAGUAUGUACAACUGUACUGGGCUCUCGAGAUUUCGGACACACACAAAGACAAGGCUAUUGAAGAUUGUACAGCUGAUUUACAGGUUCCAGUGAUGUACGGUGCAAUAGUGGAAGGUGUAGCAACGUGUAUGUGUCGGAUAGCUUCAAGGGCCCUGGGUGACAUCAAUCCUAGGUUCGCUACAGCAAUAGACUCCUUCAUCGGUACUUCACUCGUGGUUGCUGCCUUUGAUUACUCUGGCGGUUACUUCAAUCCAGUGCUAGCUACGUCACUGAAGGCAGGCUGUCACGGUCACACUCUGGGUGAGCACGCGCUAGUCUACUGGGUUGGCGCAUGCGCAGGUUCCAUCGUGUCUGUCUACAUUUACAAACUACCCGCAGUUCAGCAGUACGUGAAAGGGCCGGUAGAAGUGAACGGUGACAGUAUUUGGGCGGGGAAAGAAGAUUGAUCACAUUUGCACCUCUGUAUCUUUAUACUGCUAUCUCAUUAUGUAAACAAACAAAAAACUAUCUGUCUCUUAGAGGACAAGGCAGAGAUAACAGACCUGCAGGGGCGGAUCGAUAUGAGGGGUCCUUUGGAUAUAAUUGGUCCACAGCACUUAUUGAAGAUGGGGAUACCAAAAAAUAUACAAACCCGAUUGAUUUAUUUUGUAUCUCACGGUUGCAGUGUUUCCGAGUCAUCUUAAUAAAUAAAAUAUUUUAUUUGCCUCUUUUUUUAAUAAAAUAGUAUUGCGACAAUAUAUCAAAAAUUAUUUGAUUAAUUAUGCAGGCCCCGAAGUGGACUAGGGCCCCAAAAAGUUACAAUCCGUCCCUGUCGAGAUCUGAAUUUGACACCUAGUCUUGCCGUACUCACCUGGUUCUUCUCUCAUAUCAACACUUCCAUUAGCUCAAGACUGUAUUGUAACAAAAUCAACUCUAGAGACAUUUAUCUCUUACUGGGUUGCCGGAUGCCUCAGUUUAUUGCUUAUAUUUCCGUAAAUUGAAAAGCAACUUCUAUAUAUUGCUCAUUAUCGCCUUCAAGCAUUCAUUAUAAAUUCAACACAAUGUCUCCGUUUAAUGGUCAAGUUUUAUGAACAGCAAUGGUCAUAUAUUAUGACAAUAAUUUUAGUGUGUAAUAGUUAUUUAUGCAACUGUUGUGUUAUAAGGAGUAUUAAAAUACGAAUGUGGGUGGAAAUAAUAGUAUCAUGAGUGUUUUCAUACCUAAUUAUCAACAGUUGCAUACAAGACUUUAUCUUGACCCAUAAUAUGAAUCCUCUAUAAAUGAUUCUGAAACAGUUAGCUUACUGCUAACAUUAAAAAAGCCAGUUCUAGUAACCAUUUCAUCAUCCAAACGAGUGUUGUAUUGAAAUGCAGUAAAACAUUACAACACUCGUUUUUAAGAAAUAGAGUGUUGUAAUGUUGGUAAUAAGCUGUUAGAAUAAGUAAUAGAGGAUUUAAAGCAUGGGUGUAGAUAAAAUAUUUUAAACCAAUAUCAUAUUCUAGUCACACCAGUAUUAGCAUAUUAUAUUUACAUGUCUCUACUUCUAACACAAGGAAUACAAUCUAUACGUUGCAGCGUACAUUAUCUUUUUAUUUCUCCAUUGUAAAGGCCAAUUUAGGUCAUUGUCAAGCUUAGAUAAUGUAUAGAUAGAGCCUCUUGACUCUUAGGCAACGCAUUACAACGGACCAGGUUUAUUACUUAAGUGUGCAUGAUAGCUACGCCUUAUACUGGCGAUACGUUAGUCACUUUGUUAUAGUAUGCGUACUUUGCGUUACUGAAAAUAGAGGCUAACAGUUCACCGCAAUUUUUUUACGUGUUUGUAAGCUCUCAGAGUAUAAAUUAUAUUAGUUGCCAAGCAUAGAUUACAGAUUGAUUGAAAUCCAAAAAUAUACAUAAGCUACGUUUUCAUUUUCGAACGAAUAACGAAUUAUUUCUAUAUAAGUACUCAUUGUUUAUAUACAUUUCUGUUUCUGUCAAAAUACUGCAUUCAUUGUUAUGUUUAUUUUAAUUUUAAUUGAUAAAAAACUCUGUUAUGUUUAGUUAUUUACACUUUUUUAUUGUUUGAUAAAACUAAUAAGAUAAGUACUGUAUGUGCUUUGAAUGUAAAUAAAUUUUUUAAUUGUU